GCCAAGCUGAUUAGCCUGCUACCACCAGCUAAUGUUUGUAGGAUAUUUAAUGUUAGCUGUAUCGGGGUGGAUGAUACUAAUUGCGUAGAAUAAUGGCGGACGUGGAGGGACAAGGAAUUUGUUCAUCGGUCCCUCCGUUGCCUCACCCUUCCUCUCGUAACGGCUCCGGUGGCGGUAACGUUACACCGGGCACCGGCGGCAGCUGCCAGACCGCAGCCACCGUUACCUCAGGCCCACGGCUUGUUCGGAUAGUGAAGUCUGACUCGGGCUAUGGCUUCAAUGUUCGGGGACAAGUUAGUGAAGGAGGACAACUACGGAGCAUUAACGGAGAACUGUACGCUCCACUGCAGCAUGUUAGUGCUGUUCUACCGGGAGGUGCCGCCGACAGAGCCGGCAUUUCGAAAGGGGACCGGAUUCUUGAGGUAAAUGGAGUGAAUGUAGAAGGAGCGACCCAUAAGCAGGUGGUGGACCUGAUCCGAGCCGGAGAGAGGGAGCUUGUGCUGGCUGUGCUGCCCGUCCCACCCCAGGAGGCCGACUGCUUGGACCCCGGGGAUGAUGGUUCAGCUCAGUCGUGCUACGACUACUCAGACAAGCAGGCUGUCCCCAUCUCUGUGCCUAGCUACAAACACACUGAGCUUAACCAGGAAAAGUUUGUGGUAUAUAAUGUGUACAUGGCAGGCAGGCAGCUGUGCUCCAAGCGUUACCGGGAGUUUGUGAUCCUACAUCAAAACCUUAAGAGGGAGUUUUCCAACUUUACAUUCCCCAAGCUGCCUGGGAAAUGGCCUUUUUCCCUGUCGGAGCAGCAGCUGGAUGCACGACGUAGAGGCCUGGAGGAAUACUUGGAGAAAGUGUGCUCUGUACGGGUAAUCGGAGAAAGUGACAUCAUGCAGGAGUUCCUGUCUGAAUCAGAUGAGAACUAUAAUGGCGUGUCAGAUGUGGAGCUGAGAAUAGCCAUGCCCGAUAAAACCACGCUCACUGUCAGAGUUCGCAAAAACUCUACUACAGACCAGGUCUACCAGGCUGUAGUAAUGAAAUUAGGGAUGGACAGUGUAACAGCCAGCUACUUUGCCCUGUUUGAGGUCAUCAACCACACCUUCGUGCGUAAGCUUGCCCCCAACGAGUUCCCCCACAAACUGUAUGUACAGAACUAUACUUCAGCCAUCCCAGGAACCUGCCUCACCCUGCGCAAGUGGCUCUUCACCACAGAAGAAGAGAUUUUGCUCAAUGACAACCAGCUUGCUGUCAACUAUUUCUUUCACCAGGCUGUGGAUGAUGUGAAAAAAGGAUUCAUCAAAGCAGAACAAAAGUCCUACCAGCUGCAAAAGUUGGCAGAGCAGAAGAAGAUGUCCAUGUAUCUGAGUUUGUUGAGGGGCUGCGAGGGCUACAAUGAGAUCAUAUUCCCCCACUGUUCCUGCGACUCCCGACGUAAAGGCCACGUUAUCACAGCCAUCAGCAUUGACCACUUCAAGCUACAUGCCUGCACCGAGGAAGGGACUCUCGAGAACCAAGUGAUUGCAUUUGACUGGGGGGAGAUGCAGAGGUGGGACACAGAUGAAGAGGGCAUGGCCUUCUGCUUCGAAUAUGCACGGGGAGAAAAGAAACCACGUUGGGUCAAGAUAUUUACACCUUAUUUUAACUACAUGCAUGAGUGCUUCGAGAGAGUCUUCUGUGAGCUGAAGUGGAGGAAGGAGGUGGAAGAGGAGGCCACAGACAAGGACAACAAGAACUGCAGUAAAGAUGGUAUGUGUGGCAAGAAUAUUUUCCAGCUGCUGAGGCACAGAAGGGAUGGAGGCACCUAGGAAGGGAGAUUGUUACCUCUUAACUACAUACCGUCUUCAUCGACUCCGCUCAGUUUUGGCCCUCAUCCAGCCCCACACCCAGCAACACUCAGCUAUUAACUACACGGUCAUCAUUUACACUCCGUCAGCUACAACCUGAGAAACUACCCUUGUUACAUGCAAACCAACAAACAUCUGCAAAUGAACAAAUCAACAGAAGCAUAAAAAUGCUAUACACACAUGAACCAGGAACUUGUGAAUCUAGCACAUUGUAAUCUUGCAUUAAGCCGAGCUUUGUCAAAAAGAAAUGAGGAUGUCUACAGACUUGAAGUCACAGAGACAUGCAAGCCUUUUUUCUAAUUAGCAGGGACUUGAAGUGGAAUGUGACAUGCAGAUAAGGAGGUUCUGAGCCUCCUUUGUAGUCCUACCUGGACAAGGAGGUGGGAUCUAAUGAGGAAAUCAUGGUGGACUAAGAAGGGAAGUUGAAACCUGUUGAAACAAGGAUCAGCAAUACUGAGGGUGGACCACAGGGAGACACCUGGCUUCUUAAUUUAUAGAUUAGAGUAGCAGUGUCUUCUUUAGCAAUGCGUGCUGGGGGCCCUAGAAAGCAUGGGGCCAAUCACAAUUAGGCCCUCAGAAUGUAAGUCACAGCUGAAUCAUUUCACAUACAUAAAUUUUCACGUGUUUGGCGCUAAAUCUGCAUUUAUAAAACUGUUAACUUUGUAAUGUGGCAAAUGAGAGAAAGGAGAGAGAAAGCAGAUAUUAUGUAGGAAGGUUAAACACUUUUUUUUUCCUGGAGAUUUGGGUGCACAUAGCAAACAGCUGUGAUGGUUUAACAUAUGAGCAGGAACACGAUAAACUUUACACAUUUUGCACUUUAUCCAACAGUAUUAACAAUGUCCAGGUGUGGGAAGUGUGAGCUAAGAAGCAGAUAGCGGGCAUUAUACUGGAAUAAGCCAGGUCUUGUUUUGCUUACAUUAAUUUCUGACUGACUACGGUAUGAUAAUGCAUUGCAUUAUCAAAUGGUGCGUGCGGUGUGCAGAGCCAUGCAUUAAACUUUUAUGUAUUUAUAAUAUUAUGUUAACUCUUCCUGGAAAUGUUUUGAGGCUAUUGUAGGGCAGCAAUGCUGCAGAGCACUGGCCAGUCAGGUGACAGUGUAGUACAUUAUAUUUAGUGUGUAUUACUCAGACAAAACAGCAGGGGUCCUCCUCUUUCUACCUGCAUUCUGGUUGGAGGUGAUUACUUUGUGUCUGAGAGCUCCCACAGGAUUUAUAAUAGGCCUGUAAUUCAAAUGGCCUUUCCACACAGCACUAUUUAUCUCUGUAGCUGGUAUGUUCCAGUGCUGUUAAACCAGUCAUGCGCUCCAGAUUCAGGAUAAGUGGGACAAGGAUUUCUGAGCAAAAAGAGCAGCUUGCACUCUCCGUCAACGUCAAGAUCACUGCGCACAUUCACUAAAGGCUUUGUAGCAACUGAUCACUUAACUGCAGUGUAACGUGAUAACCUGUUCCUCCAAAUAAGCCCGGUUACUGUUGUAAUAUUUAGAAUAUUUUAAUAAUGAUAAUAAUUAUAAUGUAAUAAGGCAUAACAUAAUUAUCUGAUGAAGCCAUACUGACUUCAGUCAUUAAUUACAUCAUUAACAUGACACUCUAUAUGAUUUACUUGAUCCUGCAGAUAUUACAUGUUCGCUUGCUACUAGCUUUUAUGAAGUGAGCCCUUUGAUGAAGGCUGGGUCAUAUGGUUGAAAUCGUUAUCCUGAUAAUAUUAAGGAUAUUUAACAAAAUCAAUAAACUGUAUAUCAUGGUUCGUUUAUGCAAAAUUACAUGUAAAAAUCAUCAAAUUUAUGGUCAAAGCAAAGACCUUUUGUUUCACUGUUAAACAUUACAUGGGGCCAUACUUCAUACGUGCAAAACAACUCAUUUUCUAACUGUUUUUAAUUGAAAAUUAGUUAGAGAUUAAUUAGAGUUAUUAAGAUGAUCAACAGAAAUUUGUAAAAUGAUGACAUUUAUCAUGUGAUCAUUUAUUACUGUAUGUGCUCACAAUUUGAAGUCACUGAAUGUCAGUAAAUGAGAAAAUUCAAUUAUCGCCCUGCAUUAGCUCAUAUUUGGCUCGUAAUGAGAACAUUGUUAUCUGCAAGUAAAAAGUCAUAGAUUGGCAUCGGUGGCUCUAAGAGUGCUUGUGAUGUUGAUGGUGCUGUACUAAAAAGCCAUGCUGGAUGAUGAAUGAGCUGCAACAAACCUCAGUGGGUGUGUAAAAGAGGUUUAAUUGAAUGUGUUGAGGCUUGAAUUGAGAGAUUGAAUGCACCAUUAUAAAGGCCGAACGCAUUUCCCAGGAUUCUUGUCUGUUUACCGAACCAUGUCCGGAACAGUCGAUUGUCUGACAUUGUCUGAUCUGCCCACCUUGAAGUGUGUGCUCUCUUUGGCUCACCUCUUUCUCCUUCUCUCCCUCAUUCUGACUAAAGUCAAGAGUCACUUGCAUUAUUUAUGAAGAAGAAACUAAGUUAAAUUCAGUAUCUCUGUUGUUAAGUUUUUCACCUGACAUGGUUUGGUUUUCAAAGGGACACGCCAAGAAGAGCAGAGAGAUUAACAACCUGCAGGUUCUUUUGACAUGUUGAAAAAUGUAAAAUUUAAGACAAAGUGUUUGGUUACGUCGCUUACUGUAAUAAAUUGUAACAUAUUCUUUUAAAUAAACCGAUUUAUU